UUCACAUCAAAACAACCAUCGCAUCGCAUAGCAAAGACUAAAAAGUUUGACAUUUGAAAAUAAUACAAAAGAAACGGCGACCAUUGUUUACAAUCGACAUUGGGCUGUUGAACUGUUUAACCUCAAAUGUCAGAUGCAUCGUUGUGCGGUGGAAAUAAAAUCGCGCUAAAACCCACGACAUCACCACAACAAAUAUUUUUUUUAUUGUUUACAUCGGAAUCGAUUGAAAAGCCAAUUGUAGAAAAUGUCAGAGGAUAUUAUUGAAGACGAUUAUCAACUGAGUGAUGAAGAAGAAGAGCCCAUUACUGCACAAAAGGUGUUGGAAAUUUUGCAAAAUACUUGGUUGAAUGAGAAAUUUGCGCCCGAACUGUUGCCACACCAAUCGGAUAUUUUAGAUUUGAUGCUAGGCCAAAUCGAACACAUGGAAGAGAACAUUUCACAGCUGGACAAAAAUGACUUCCGAUACAUAGCCCAUCGAAUUGAAUUGGAGCGCAUCAAAUAUAUUGUGACCAGUUAUUUGAGGUGUCGAAUCAGAAAAAUUGAAACAUUUACACGGGCUCUUUUGGAAGAGGACAAUCAGAGACCGGCGGAUAAAAGACGGCUGUCGGAUGAUGAGCGAAAGUAUGCUGAAGCACACAUGGCACUGAUCAAAAGGCAUUUUCAACAAAUUGCCAUCCAGCACAUGCCAGCCAAUCUACAGGAGGAAUCAGCACGUGAAGUCGUUACACCCAAUUUGAUGUCACACAUUUUUCUCCGGGCAAAUGAGUCAGUUCCGUCGGUCGUUGUUGGCAUGAACGAUGAAGAAGUUGAUCUCGAGGCCGGCUCAUUGCACAUUAUGCCGUAUAAACUAGCUUCAGACUUGUUGCUCGACGGAAAAGUUCAGUUAAUCUAGUUGUAGUUUUAUUUAGCAAUGUAAUCCAAUUGAACACUGAGUAAUGCGAAAAAUAAUUGUUUUCUUUGAUUAGAAUGAUCUGUAACAUGGGUGCUGUUGUCAUUCAGUUGAAAUUGUACAUGAAUUAUUGGAAAAAUCUAACGAAAAAAAUUCUCUCAAGUAAAUACGUAUGGAAUCAUUUGAAUUGAA